GAAGACGAAGCGCAGGAAGAAGAACAGAAACAGGAAAACGAAGAAGAAGAAGAAGAAGAACAGUUGUGUGAUAUUAUGAAGCUAGUCACAUUUUAAUGACAUACAUGGGUUGUUAACAAUAUAGUUGUUAGUUUGGAUCUCUACAUGCAAAGUAUUUGAUCUAGAAACCGAGGCGGAAGCAUGACAGCAAACGAGGAUCAGGAGAUGGAGCUGGAAGCUCUUCGCUCCAUCUACGAGGGAGAUGAAGGUUUCAAGGAAAUCAGUCCGGUUUCUUUCCAGUUUCGAAUAGGAGACCUGGAGGACACCAAAGCGUUCAUCCUGGACAUCACGUGGCCAGAGUUGUACCCGGAGACGGCCCCAAACAUCUCCCUGGAGGCUUUUUUCAACAAUAGGAUCUCUGCGGAGACGAAGCGUGUGAUCCUGCUCAAGCUGGAGGAGCAGGUGGAGGCCAACUUGGGCACGGCCAUGAUGUUCACCCUGUUUGAGUGGGCCAAGGAGAACCAGGACGAGCUGAUGGAGAGCCACAAGCCCCUGGUGACCGCCGUGACGCUGACGUCCAGCAGCGAGGUGACGACCACCGCCCUGACGGGGAAGAAGAGGGAGAAGAAGGAACAGCUGACUAAAGCGCAGAAGAGGAGAAUCAUCAGCAGGACAGAUCAUAAGGGGGAGCUGCCCCGAGGCUGGAACUGGGUGGACGUGGUCAAGGUAGGUGUUUCCUGAACUCCCUCCACACGCUGCUGAACUUCAUCCUCUCUGCAGUCUGAUUACUGACUUUGUGACCCGUCUCUUCUCUCCCCCGGGGUGGCUGCUGCUUCAUCACACUCCAGCAUCUGAGUAAAACGGGAGGGAAGGAGGAGGACUAGAGGAAUCUGCAGAGGUGUCAGCGUGUUGCAGCGGUGGCUGCUUCCCCUACAGACGCCUUCACGUUCCAGCAGAGCCUCACGUCCCGCUCUGCUGCUGCUGCUGCUGCUUCCACCGUAGAAAAACCAAAGCAGGGGCUGCAGAAACACAAACACACCGGCUCCUAGGGGAUUUCUGAGCUUAUUUCCUGGUGUUUGUGCACAGAAGUCCGGGGAACAGAAAACUGCUGUUAGGAUUUGGUUCUGGUGUUUCCUGGCUGUAGUCGCUGCUGCUAGACGGUUGUUGUUCCACAGGAACCCGGAGCGGCUGCUUAAGACCCUUCUGUUACUUUAAGGUACCGCGUGACUUUGAAAAGAUUUUUUUAAAUGACAUAGAAAAUGUUACUCUUCAUUAUUUUUAUUUUGAUAAAGUAACUUUUUCCCCUGUGAAAACGGUAAUCCUUCAAUUUUAUAUGUAAAUAAAAUGGAUUUUGUUUCC